GCAUCACUUACAGCAAUUUCAUGUUUAUUUUUCGUAUUUUCUUUUGGAGUGAUUCAAAUAAAGGUGAUUAAAACUAGUUUUCGCUAAUAAUAACUUAGCGUAUCAUGGCCGUAACUUGCUUGAGUGGAUAUUUUCUGGCGCGACCCACGCACACACACUGAGUAAUAAAAAAAGUCGUAGAGUGAAAAGAAUGAUGUGAUGGACACGAAUACAAGCCAGCAUUCUCCAAUCCCUCCGAAGAGCCCGUUACUUUGGAGAAAUCAAUGGAGGAUUCAAAGGCUCAUGGAACGUGAACAUUUUCACUAUCCUGUUGUCGAACUUGGUCCCAUACUGGUCUCAUUAGUCUCAACAGAAGAAAAAGAAGGACUGCAUUGUACUUUUCGGGUUGAAAGUAAUGGAGCUUCUUGGACGAUUAUAAGGACAUUGCCAGAAAUGUCCAACUUCGACCAACAGCUCCAUCGCUGCGUUUUUGAGCGAAGGUUUUCGCAUUUGGAGGAAUUGAACUUUGUUGAUGAGUCGAAGGAAUCCGAUGUCAAGGAAAUCAUCGAGCGAUAUACGUCCAGAUUAUCUCAACUCACCGGCAGUAUCAUCACGUGCUAUCCAGUGCUCAAAUUCCUGGAGGUGGACUGCCGAGGUGGACAUUUCGAGCCUGCCGAAGACACUGCCAUUAACACCCCUGCCAUCGCAGCUGCGAUUGUUACAAAAGAUUUUGUACCGACAUCGGAGGAUCAUCUACGACUGAGGGUAGGAGACAUUUUAUCCAUCAUUGAAAUGAACUCUACACCUCAAAAAGAUGGAGUGUUCUGGAAGGCGAAGUUAACUAUCGCUAAUCGGGAACGGGGGCAAGAUUCCGAACCACGACUGGUUGAGGUCGGUACUUUCCCAGCUGAUUGUGUUCGACUUAUCGACGACAAACGACUGCCUGUUCGUCUUUCUUCCUCAAACAAGACCUCUCUUAUGGCUGCUCGUCGACUGCCUGGACUGCUGAAGCACCGAAUCCGUCUUCGCGAUCCAGUUUUCGGUACUGCUCUGGUUGAUCAUUUGAAUAGGACUGGUCGAAAAAUCCCUCUUAUUGUCGAAAGAUGUUGUGAAGCAAUUGAGCAUCAAGGUGUUGUAACAGGUAUUUAUCGUCAAUGUGGAAUCCAGUCGAAUAUACAGAAACUUAGGGCAAAAUUUGAUAGUGGUAACGAGCCAGAUCUCUUCGAAUUCGGUCAAAGAGAUAUUUAUUCUGUUUCCUCUUUGCUGAAACAGUAUUUUCGUCAACUGCCUAACCCACUGUUCACGUUUCAGUCCUAUUCAAAAAUUUUGACAGCCUUCGAAAGCUCCGAAGACGACAAAAUUCCUAAACUGCGCAGCGUUUUGGAGACAAUGCCUAUAGCCCAUUUACGAACAGCAGCAUAUCUUAUGCGACACCUCUCCCGAUUAUGUAGUUAUACUUCACUUACCGACAUGACUGCUAAAAACUUGGCAAUCGUUUGGGCACCAAAUCUCUUCAGAGCACCUCCUGUACUUGUUGGUGGAGAUUCCCAUCUGUUAAAUGGGCUAGAUGUGCAUACGUCACUUUGUAGCUACCUUAUCAUCAAUUCAGCAUCAAUCUUUAUUGAAGAAAAUGCUGAUCCUGUUGACCAAACAGGAGCUACGGAGAACGAAGAAAUCGUCACGAGAACCAGUAAGCCACAAGCAGAUGACGAGGAAAAAAGCCGAUUAACUGCGGAACCAAGACUCCGAGCAAGUCGCAAGUCAGAAAUCUAUGACAAAUCUGCCACCAUGUCGAAUGAAAGUUGUAAUGGAGAAUGGCGAUGGUCUGGUAUUUUGCGAGGAAGAUCGAUGGAAGCAUUCUUCAAGCUUCGACGCCACAAUUCUCGCAAUGGUUCGGUUGGCUAUCCUUCCUCAGAAAGAGUUGAGUGGAUUAGAUCUCAUUCGGUAGAGGCUUCAUUGCAAAGCACUCGGUCGGACUCGAUCAUGUCGAUGAUGUCCCGAGGAGUUGAUGAGCUUCGUGGCGGGAUUCGUUUGCUGCGCCAACGAGCGCGUAGCCUGCGCUUCUCGCGAAGCAGGCCGCCCACAUCACCUAUCGUUCAUCUGCGGCAAUGCUCUGACAGCAUUGCUAGUCCUUCGUUGAUUCGAGACGAUCGAUCGAGCACGAGAAGUGCACAGAUAAUGCAAGACUCCGUAACCGCUUCUAUGGUUUCACAUCUCUCCGAAGACAUUUACUUUGCGAACAAAGCCUACUUGACGCCACAGUCCGCAAGAAAAGCAAGUGCAGGUAACAGCUUGAGUAGUAGCCCAAGCUCACGAGGGGGUGUUGAACAUCGCGAAAAACGAGUAAUGUUCCGGCAAGGAAAUCCAGAGACCAAGGAAAUAAGUAUGGUGGGAGAAAAACCAUUGUACGCACGAUCGAGUCCGGUUGAAGAAUGGUCAAGCGACAGCAGGGAAAGUCCAUUGCUUGAAAUGAGCCGAUAUGACAACGUUCCACCCAAUGGUUCGUUCACAAGAGCACAUCGAGAUCGAAUCGUGCCGAGACCGCUAUCCACUGCGCUUACUUUUUACGAUGAGAACAAACGGAGCACAGCCUUUCUUACAUAAACAAAUCCGUUUAAUGUCUCAAAAACCAUCUUGCUCAAUUGUUGCCUAUGUUCACUUCAUCCUUUCGUUACGUGAUAUCUGGUCACAAUACGGUCAUUUGAUCCAUAAAUUUGUUUUGUCAACAUCGUUUUGUUCGUGCAAUUUGUAUUGAAUGAAAG